AUGGAAUCUGUAAACAUUGGCAUGUUCCACUCUACGAGCCCGGGGGGCAUCACUUCGCAUGAUCACGCCACGGCAAUGUUUGCACUUCUCAUGAGUGUGGCAGCAGGACAUCUAAAGGAGUAUGAGGGAGAUCCCAUGAGCCAAGUCUUUUUCCCCAUCUUUGAUUCCUUCACCGAGAACCGAAAGCCCGUGGCUGUCAUGAUUGCUUGGGUGCACUGGCUGUCGUACUUUCAAGACGUGCUCCCGUCAAGCAUGGAUGGUGUGCUCGUUGUUCUGGGUAACUCCUGCACUGGAAACUUCACGUACGAGAUCAAUGGGCCGGAAGCCGUGCCACUCGGUGCCGGGGACCUCCACGAUCCUGCCUAUGAUUCUUUUAGAAGAUCUGCCAGCUUUGCCUCGGUUGACAGCAUUGCAGAUGGAACCAAGUAUGGCAUUCCUCUAAACAGUGACCACUGCUUGAUCACCAUGGACAUUUACCCAUCCUCAGAGUUUGAAGAGAGCUACCAAACCUCCAUGCCAAUUUACCUUACAAUUGCUGUUGCAGCCAUCUUUGUCUUUACAGUUGUGAUGUUCAUUCUCUACGAUCGUCUGGUUGAGAGACGCCAGGCCCUUGUGUUGAUGAAAGCUGAGCAGAGCACUGCCAUUGUAACAAGUCUUUUCCCAGAACAAGUCCGAGAUCGGCUCAUGGAACAACAGCCAUCUUCAGGCAACAACGGGAAGAGAACUAGUAGUGGUUUCUUGGAUACCUUUGACGGUGACCAGGAUGACGAUGUGGACAUGGAUCCAAUUGCAGAUCUGUUCCCGCACUGUACAGUGCUUUUUGCUGAUAUCUCAGGCUUCACAGCUUGGAGUUCAACUCGUGAUCCAGCACAAGUGUUCAUCUUGCUUCAGACCGUCUAUCAGGCAUUUGAUCGGGUGGCCAAGAGGAGGAAAGUCUUUAAGGUUGAAACGAUUGGCGAUAGUUAUGUAGCCGUCACGGGGCUCCCAGAACCACAAGCUGCGCAUGCUGUGAUCAUGGCUCGAUUUGCGGAGGAGUGCAAUUGCAAGAUGAAUGAAUUGAUGCCGCGUUUAGAGAGUCGACUGGGACCUGAUACAGCAGAGGUGAGUUGCACAUUGGAGUUUGCAUCUCCACAAUGCUGA